AAUGCGUGUUUUUCAUAAACAAACCACAUUUCUCUCCUCUUCCUCCUCCGUCUGCUGCUCCUCCUGCUCCUCUCUCCUUGUCAACCUGCCAGCUUUGUCGGACUCCAGCGCCACUUUUACCCGGAGGAUUUUUUUUUUCCCGUAUCUGGUUUUGCAAAGAGAGGGAAGUAAAAGCGGAUAAAGGGACUCGACGUCGCGGUUGUGUGCGUUUUUUGUACACCUGCGUUUAAACUGAUUCUGUUUUUAGUAAGUUUUUUUUACCCGAGAGUGAUAUCAACCAACUUUAUUCGAGAGGAAGCGCUUCAGUAUUUUCAGACAUGGUGAAGCUGACGAAGGCCAAGACGUUCCAGGCUUACCUGGACUCCUGCCACCGUCGUUACAGCUGUGUGCAUUGCCGUGCACAUCUGGCCAACCACGAUGAUCUCAUCUCCAAGUCUUUCCAGGGAAGUCAGGGCCGAGCCUACCUCUUCAACUCUGUGGUGAACGUGGGUUGUGGUCCCGCUGAGGAGAGGCUGCUGUUGACAGGACUUCACGCUGUGGCCGACAUCUACUGUGAAAACUGUCACACAACACUGGGCUGGAAAUAUGAACAAGCCUUCGAGCUGAGUCAGAAGUACAAGGAGGGGAAGUACAUCAUCGAGCUGUCCCACAUGAUAAAGGACAACGGUUGGGACUGACCGUCAUGACUUUUACGUUCCCCCGAGAGUUGCGUCCCCCCUCGACUUAGAAGGGUUUAGCUUCUUCUUCUCCUCCUCCUCCUUCUUCCUCUUCUUCAUCAUCAUCCCACGUUCGAGCCGUCGCCCUCAGCCACGCUUUUCACUUUAAAAAUACAGCUUUGCCAAGAAUAGCAUGUGAUGCUUUGUCUUUAUCUGCUCUUCACCACACAUUUCCAUCUGGUAGCGUGGACUGAGUGGGUGAGUGGAGGGUUUUUAUUUGUGAAAUGUAGUCACAUGGGCGGGGUGGGGUGGGGUGGGGGGGGGGGGCACCGUAGCGUGUUGGAUUAAUAAACAUGGUGGAGGUGGCGAGGCCCGUGCACGUAAAUUGAUCUUCUUCCACAUCAGAUGCAAGUGUUGUUCAGAUGUAAACGGAGGAGCUGGUUUUAACCUGCAGUGAGUUGGUGCCGUUGUGUUGGACGCUUUACAGCAGCAGGAGGCUGCGUGUCAUUUUAAAAGGAGUUUUUAAGAUCUGUAACGUUUGGACGUGACCAGGCAGCCAUGUUGGAGUAGAUGUGUCGAUCUGGAGCGUUUUCAGGUUCCUCCGCUGACGGUGAGACCUGUUAGAACAAAGUGUGUGUAGGAUAAUAUAGUGUAUUUAUGGUGAUUUGUUUUUUAAUGUCUGCUUCUGUCAUUAAAAGUGUUUUUAUUUUAACCUGAUCUUUCAUUAAAAUACAGUGUGCCAGUAA